AAAAAUUAAGUAAUUCGCAAUUAUUCGUAAAUCGUAAUAUUCGUUUUCGGGUUAGCCGGUUGUCGAGUACAAAACUAGACCUAUAAACUAAAUAUUUUUUAAAUUGUAGUUACAUACGUAUUGUGAAUUUAAUUUUUUUGUUACGUUUAAACAAGUUUAUUUUCCUGUUGAAGUUUUCGUCUUUUCACAAGGAUCAAUAUGUUUGUGACAAAGUGUUUGUAUUGCAGUUAUCGACAACUGAAUCUCAUUUUUGUACUGGAAAUUGAAGCACAACAAUUUUUCAAGGUUGCUAGAUUACAAUCUUUCAAAUCAGCUAAGAUGUGCUUACCAACUAUUCGUCAUUAUGGUAGUGUUUAUGAGCCCGAUUAUCUGGAUAUGUUAAAACCAGAUAUUCCUGAAUGUGAGAAAGUAAAUAUUCAAAUUAAAGGUUACGACUUCGCUAUAUUAGAAUCGUUUCAAAAAUUUGUGCACACUAUUGCUGAAAAUAUGGACCUUGAUGUAUCUGAUGGUUGGGCAUUACCUCCUCAAACAAUUUUAGCCAAACGAUUUGUGCCCAAUAGUGAAAGCAUUGAAACCCAAUAUACACUGAAUGUAUAUGAACGUAACUUACAAAUUGUUGAUGUUCCCUAUACUAAGCUUUCUCUACUCAUUGAGGUAAUAGAAGACUCAAUGCCUGCGGGUGUUAAGGCAUCAAUUCACAGACACACAGAUGAUCACGAAACACUCAGGUACAUACCCGACAAUGAACUGAAAACGUUGAAAGAACAAUUAGAAGAAAUGGGUGGCUCAAGAAAAAAAAAGUGAAUUUAUGAUUUAUUUUUAUUGUUAAAUCUGUAACAUUAUGUAGUACCUAGGUACCUAAGUAUAAUUAUUUUGUAAGUAAUAUAAUAUGAUUUGUGAAAUUUAA